UAUAGCCUUCUUCUCUUCCUAGGGUUGAUAUAGUAGAUGACUCUUUUAUCUGACCUGUGGCUUGUAUGUUCCUCUUGUACUUCUUUAUGUGUUGGACUCCUCAUAGGCUAUUAUUGGAGAUGCCAAUAAAAUUUGUGGCCUGUUAUAGUGCUGAUGGCGGCAUUCUUGCUGCUUUGGCAGUCUCUUCCAACCUAGUUUAGGAUUUUCUUAUUCCUUGGCUUGGGCUUAGCAUUCAUCUUCUAGUGGCUAGGUUUGGUUGUAUUUGAAUUAGGAUCUUUUUUAAUCCUUAAGCUUGGUUUGCUCUAUCUGCUUGUAAUGGGCUCUUUGCCUUCUAUUUAAUUCUCAGCAAUAUAGUUGACCUUUGAAGAAAAUAAAAUAUAUUGACUGCAAUGAGGGAAGAGAGAGAACUAUAGGUAAUGGUUACCUAAUCAUGAAUCAAAUAUGAAAAGUGGAAACUAGGAGUUCAUGCAACAAAACUACUGGCCAAAUAAAAAAGAGUCUGAUAUCCAUUCACAUGUGAAUCAUUCAGAGGAGGUAGUCUUUAUAGUCUGAGCCUAUAAAUACUAGCUCUACUUCUCACAUCUCCUCACCCAAAACCAUUCUACAAAUCAACAAUUUCUCCUUCUUGUCAUUCAAAAUCCUAUGCUAAAAUGGUGUUUUUGCUUAUGAAGAGGAAAUGACUAGCACUGUACCUGCUCAUAGGCUGUUUAAGGCUAUAGCCCUUGAAUCUGACAUCAUUAUCCCUAAAGCUGCACCACAUGCCAUCAAGAGCUCUGAGAUUAUUGAAGGAGAUGGUGGUCCAGGAAGUAUCAAGAAGAUUACAUUCGUUGAAGGCAGCCAAUUCAAGUUUGUGAAACACAAGAUUGAAGUACUUGACAAAGAGAACUUCACCUACGGCUACACCAUAAUUGAAGGCUGUGCUUUGAUGCACACACUUGAGAAGAUCAGCUAUCACACCAAGUUUGUGCCAACUCCUGAUGGAGGAUGUAUCUUCAAGGCCAUCCGUAAAUAUUACACAAAGGGUGAUAUUGAGAUCAAGAAAGACGACCUCAAGACUGGCAAAGAAAAGGCCAGGGGAAUUUUCAAGGCUAUUGAAGCCUACCUGUUGGCAAAUCCUGAUGCCUAAAAAUGGUCAUCAUCAG